ACUGAUUUCAAGUACCAAAGAGUUUUUAUCUUUUUAUAAAUAGAAAUUUAGAAAUUGAUUUGAUAAGAACUUUGGACAAGAUGUCGUCUUUCUUGAAAUUAUUGUUUUCGAAACAAGAAGCUACCAAGGAAGAGCCCGCUCGCGCAGGUGAAGAAAAGCAAAUCAAAAGGAAAAGCAAGAAAAAACAAAAAAAUGAUCCUGGAUGUACUCAAGAAAAAUGGGACGCAUUAGUGGAGAGCGGUGAAAAUUUGUCCGGAGUAGCUGAACCCUUUAAAGUCUCGAUGGAGGAAUUGAAGAAGCACAAUACAAAAGACGACUGUUGGAUUGCUGUUCGAGGAAAAGUCUAUAAUGUUACUGCUUAUGCUCCGUAUCACCCAGAUGGUGCAAAAAAGAUUUUUAAACACUCUGGCAUUGAUGCUACAAAGCAGUAUAUGAAGGCCCAUGCUGAUGUGAAUGAAGAAGAAAUGCUUAGAACCUGUUACGUUGGUCCUCUGGUUGAUCAUUAAUCUUGAUGCAUUUCAAGGAUUACCUGAGUGUAUUGCAUGUUGACACGAUAUGUAUAUUUUUGGGAAGCGAACCUGAGAAUAAACAUAUUAGAUCAAUUGUCGUUUGGGUGAAAUAUUUGUACAAUUGUGAAUAUACCCUUUUCUUUAGACAUGUUAUAACGGUUAUACGAUAUGGCUAAAAGA